UUCCCUUUAAUAAGUUUUCACAAUUUAAUCGCAUGGUUCGCGCCACUGCCUAUGUACUGAGGUUCAUUCAUAACGCGCGCAACAAAGUAAUUAAUAGGCUAACCGGUUCGAUCAAGGUCAAUGAACUCACAAAUGCAAUCAACUCAUUAGCUAGGUUGUCGCAAAGAGAAUCUUUUCCAAACGAAUACAACUUGUUAAUGAAUGGUAAACAAGUUAAACCAAAAGAUAGACUAUCUAAGUUUAAUUUAUUUUUUGAUAACAAGUAUAAUAUUAUGCGAGUAGGUGGUAGAAUUAACAAUUCAACAGAAUUUAAUUACAAUAAAAAACACCCAAUACUUUUAUCGGAUCCACACGAUUUUUCACCACUCACCCCUGGACACUUCCUGAUCGGCCGUCCUCUCACUGCGCCAGUCUGCGACGACGACCUGCGAGACGUUCCUAUCAACCGACUUUCACACUAUCAAAGAGUGGAGCAGCUAAGGCAACAUUUUUGGAGUCGAUGGUCGAAAGAAUACAUUUCCGAACUGCAGAUGAGGAGUAAAUGGAGAGAAACCGUAACCGACCUCAAACCUAACGCUAUGGUUUUGAUUAAAGACAUUAAUCUUCCGCCGUUGAAAUGGCAAUUAGGUCGUGUCAUUCGAACGAUACCCGGCAGCGACGGAGUUUCAAGAGUUGCCGACAUACGCACUUCAACAGGCAUCACGCGACGAGCAUAUGCUAAGAUCUGCCCUCUUAACACAGAUGAUGACACUGAGCUGAAGAAGACGGUUGUAAGCUGAAGCUUUCAAGGCCGCGGGCAUGUCGAGUGGCAACAUUAGUAAUAAGCAAUGACUUUGACGUUUUAAAAUUACUGUUCCCCUCACCCCCUUUCCUCUAUAAAA